AGCUGCUUUGCGCUGGCCCCGCUGGCACCAGCUCUACAUUGACGGGGACAUGGGCCGGACAGCAGCACGGCUAGACACGAUAUGGCCCCAAGGCUCAGACCCAAAGACACUGAUAUGUCUUCGUGCACAAUGCACAGCAGCAGAACUGUUCAGCACGCUCUUCGUGGAGUCCGAUCUCUCGGAGCAGCUGCACAAGCAGCGCGGCGACACGGACGUGGUGGAGACGCCCUGGCUGGCCUCGCGUGAGCAGCUGCCGCAGCAGCUGUACAACUGGGACCCGCCGCCAGCAGCAGCGGACGGCCGCAGCCAGCCCUCAGCCAGUCUGAGGUACCGCAAGGUGCGGUUCGAGAGCCCACCCACCGCCCUGGCGUCCAAGCCCUUCCAAAACGACGAGAUGCAGGUCCUCACGCAGCUGCUGCCCGGGGUGCUGUAUGUGGUGGAGGCGGUGUCGCACACCUCCGCACCCUACGGCGACAAGUUUAGUGUGUUCUUCAGAUACGUGCUGCGGUCCGACCCACCCUCCCCUCCUGCUGGUGCUGGCAAUGGCGACAUCAGCGGUAGCCCCAGCUGCACGCUGCACCUGGUGUUCCAUGUGGAGUUCUCGGCUGCCAUGAACCGCAUGAUGCGGCCCAUGAUUGCCAAGGCAGUGGAUGCCGGUGUUCGCGGCACCUUCCGGACCAUCCGCUCCCUGCUGGGCAGCCUUCGCCCCGGGGUAGCCGACAUGCGGGAGGCCGACCUGUCGCCCUCUCCACCCGACAUAGCGGACUUGCUACAACACGUCAUGGCGCUGGCAGGGGGGGCGGCUGCGGGGGCUGCUGCUGCUGAGGAGGAGGAGGAGGAGAUGCCGCACCCGCCUGCUGCUGCGGCGGCUGCCGUACCGCAACCUCCUGCCGCCGGUAUGGCAACAUCCGCCGCCUCCUCAGCAGUGCCCGGUGGCGCUGGCGGCGGUGCUGCUGCUCUGGGCAGCGGAGGUGGAGGCGGUGGGGGCCUGCUGCCGGUGCUGACUCAGCAGCUGGUGUACAAGGAGCAGGUGGUGCUGCUGGCAGACCUGGUGGGGGCGGGGCUGAGGUGGGCCACGCACAGCGAGGGGGGGGCGCAGCUGCUGGCAGCGGCACUCACCGUGUGGCUGGUCAGCUGGGUGGUCAGAGCGCUGCGGGGCUGGCAAGCGUUCUGCGGGGUGUUGCUGACCCAUGGGUCACUGCAGGAGCGGUUGGUGUUGCAGCGGGAGGAUGAAGGGGGAGUAGGGGGGUUGUUGGGGUGGGUGCGGUUGGGUGUGUGUUGGCCGUUGCGGUUGGUGGAUGUGCCGGACAGUACGGGGGAGGUGCUGACGUCACUGGCGCUGGUGGCGGCGCUGAACUGGGGCGUGAUUGGGGGUGUGGCGGCGGGGGUGCGCUACCUGAGCAGGGAGUACCCGGGGCUGCUGGCGGCGGUGCGAGGCGGCGGAGGCGGAGGGGGUGCCGUCGGUGGCGGAGGCGGAGGCGGCGAUGUAGCGGGCGGGCAGCCACCGCCGCAGGUGGCUAUGGCGACGACGACGACGGCAGCUGCGGCGACAGCGGUGACAGCUUCAGCUCCUGUGGGCUCCUUUGAGAUGUCGGCAAUGGGCAGCAAAGCAGCAGCAGCAGCAGCGGGCGGUAAGGCUGCGGGGGCGGUGGCGGCUGGUGGCAGCGGCGCAGCUGCUGCAGCAGCAGCAAGCCAAGAUGCUGGGCCGGGGAAGGGCAAGGGUAAGGAUGAGGCCGCGAAGGAGAAGGUUAAGGACGAUGAAAAGGACAAGGGCGGCGGCAGUGCCUCUGGUGCCACGGUUGCCAAGUCGGCAUCCACGCACCCCGCCAAGGCCCCUCCUCCCCCCAAACCCAAGCCCCUGCGCGCCGCCCCCGCUCCCAAGCAGUUCAGCGCCGCCCAGCUACGGCAGCUGGAGCUCGGCCUGCUGUCCAGCAGCGGCGGCAGCAGCAAGCAGCUCAGCACGGCAGCGGCAACCCACACCCCGUCAGCAGCUCCGGCAGCAGCUCCGCCCUCCUCCUCGCCUCCGCCAGCUGCCUCCGCCUCCUCCUCGCUGACGGCGGCGGCGGGUGCCGCAGUCCCCGCCCUGGCUGCCAUGUCAGACGCCUGGGCCGCGGACGUGCCGACGGGCCUGGUAGCCGCACCUCCGGCUCGUGACAGCGGCGCCAGCACUGCCGUCACGGCACCGUCCACUGCGGCUGCUGCAGCGCCGGCGGCGGGGGCGGGGGCAGCAGCGGCAGCGGCGGGUCUGAGCGCCUCGCCGCCUCCUCCUCAGGCUGGCGGCGGCGGCUUGGCUCAGCGCAAUAGCGGCGGUACGGCAGCUCUCGCGGCGGUGAAGCCACGUUCCGACAGCGGCGGCAGCGGCAGUCCGACCCUGACAUCGCCGACCAAGGCGGGGACGCAGGUGUCAGGUCUGACGGCGGCGCUAGGAGGCGGCGGAGGUGCCAGUGCUGCCACUGCCGCCGCCUCCUUCGCCAACAUGUUUACCAUCGACUCCAUGGCGGAGAGCCUGAGAUCUGCCUUCCGCUGGGACGUACGCGCCACCGACACCCCGGAGCCCUCCCCCGGCGCCUCCCUCCUCUCCCCACCCGACCGCUCAGCCUCCCCCCUCGCCCUCGCCUCCCUUGCUGCUGCUGCUGCUGCCGGCGGCGGCGGCACCCCCACCUCCCACACCUCGGGCGGCCCCCAAAACAAGGACGCCAAGGCACGGAGCGAGGCGGGAGCAACCACCACCACCACCAGCAGCGGCCCCACCUCCCCCACUGCCUUCGCAGGAGACACGGGGGCAGCCUCAGCGGCGGCCGCUGCCGUCGCGGCGGCAGCGGCGGCGGCGUCUGCCGGCCGUGGCGGCGUUCGCAGCCUGGGCGGCGUGGGAGCCCUGGGCGGCGGUAGCGCCCUGGGCGGUGCGGGGCACAGUGCGCCCUUCCUUGGGGCCAGCUCAAUGGCGCUCUCACACCACUUGUACUCCGCACGCUCGGAUUCACCGCUGCUGGGAGGAGGAGGAGGGGGAGGGGGAGCGGAGGGGGGGCUGGGUACGGGGGUUGAGGAGCUGUCGGAGGCGGUGGAGCCGGGUGUGGUGGUGGAGGAGGUGUUUGAGAACGAGCGCUUCCAGCCCUUCCGCGGCUGGGGGCACAUGUGGCCGGGGCACUUCCUGCCCUCCGACCGGGUGGGGCACUGGAGCGACCGACAGGGCAAGCCGGGCGGCAGUGCCAGCAUGGCAUUCGAGCAGGUGGUGCCGGUGCUGCCGCGGGGCUGGCGCUGGCUGGAGGAGGAGUGGCAGGUGGACCUAGAGGGUCUGGAGGUGGAGGCGGUGGACGCGGACGGCUGGACCUACGCCCUGGACUUCUACCUGCUGCGCUACCCGCCGCCGCCGCAGGGGGGCAAGUGCUCGCUGAAACACUUUGUGCGCCGCCGCCGCUACUUCAGGACGCGGGUGCGCGAGAGCGAUGGCGCGCUGCCGCCCUCCGCCUCCUCCGCCCUGAACACCACCUCCACCUCCACCGGGGGCGUCAUGCUGAUGCCCAUGGGGCAGCCUCCUUCGACGGCGGAAGCGGAAGCGGAGGCGGGUGAGGUGGAGGGUGAGGCGGUGGAGGUGGAUGCAGCAGGAGGAGGCGGCGGUGCGGAGGAGGAGGAGAAGGAGGAGGGCGGGGCGGGUAGCGGCGGGCUAGCGGGCGGACCCACGAGGAGCCGGACGAUGCCAUCGCUAGCGGAGGGACUUCCAGCCGUCAGCGUUGCGCCGGGAGGAGGUGGAGGAGAGGGCGCGGUGACUCUUUUGGCGGCCGCUUCUUCCUCCUCCUUUUCUUCCUUUGUGGGGGCGACGUUAGACGGCCCCAGCCGCAGCCUCAGCGGCCAGGUAACGCAGCAACCACCGCCCUCGGCUUCGCCGUUGCACAGUACCGCUGCGGGUUUGGAUCAAGCCACGCAUGCGACGUCCCCGGGGAACCCCCGCUUCACAAACGGUGGCGGCGGCAUCACAAACGGUGGCGGAGGCAGCGGCAGCGGAAUGCCCGGAGGUGUCCCCUUCCUGCAGCAAGCAGGAACAGCGGCAGCACCAGCAGCGCCGGCGGCGACGUCGUCUGCGAUAGGCAUCCCGUCGAGCGACCCGUCCGCCCGUCGUUCCGCCCAGGAGGCCUUCGUGCUGUCCCCCAAAACCAUGGUGACCUGCCACGACCCGCUGGGAGCACUGGGGCGCAAGCGGCGGGGGGCUGGCAGCGGCAGCGGCAGCGGGAGUGACGGCAGCGGCAGGAGCACGGCUAGCGGUGAGGCGGGUGAUGAGGAGGGGGAGGAGGAAGAGGUGGUGCAGGCAGCUGUGUCCUCCAUGCACUCUGGAGGCAGCAGCAGCGGCAGCGGUCAUGGCGCUGUCAUGCCGGGGGUCGAGGAAGGUGCGGGCGGAGCGCUGGCUGCGGCACCGCUGGAGCUGCCCGGGCUGGCGACGAGCGGGGCGGAAGAAGCAGCUGUAGCGGCGGCGGAGGCGGCUAGGGUGGCAGCGGCGGCAGUAGCGGCAGUGGUGGCGGCAGCGGAUGAGGCGGCGGCGGGACGUGUGGCGGAGGCGGCGGAGGCGGUGCGACGGCGGGCAUCUUCGGAGUCGUCCUCGUCGUCGAAGAGUGAUCUCGGGGCGAGGGUGCUGACCGCGGCGGAGGUGCUGCGGGAGGAAGAAGAGGCCGCCGCUGCUGCUGCUGCUGCCGCCGCUGCUUCCACUUCAACAGCAGCAGCAGCUGCUGCAGCAACCGGCGCUGCUGACGACGUCAAGGUCGGCGCCGCUGAGGGCCGUGACGGCCGUGACGAAGCUGCAGCAGCGGUGGCGGCUCAAGGAGCGGCGUCGCCGUCGCCGGUUGGUGUACGGCAGUCGUCAGGGCCGUCGCCGUCGCUGCCGCCCCUCCCGCCGCCGCCGCCGCGCAGGGCCUUCAGCGGGCUACUGGGAGAGAGCGAGGGCACGUCGCCGAAGCGGCCUCGGGUUGGUAUGGAGGAGGCGGUUGAGGUGACGGAGGGAGCGGUGGUGGCGGCUGACUUGGUGGAGUGAGGCGUCGGGGCGUUGGACCUAACUACUGGAGGUGUAACUGACUAGGGUUGGAGUGGCUGGGGCGUUGUGGGGCUUUAGAUGCUUGCUCAGUGUCACCACCUUUGCGUGACCUGGUUGCGUCCUGGUUGCGGUCUGUCGGUUGCAUAGGAGAGGUUUGCAUGCGAGGAGGUUGGAACAGGGGCACCAGCGCUUGGGCAGUCGGGCAUAUGGGUCGGUAGAACCGAUGUGUUCGUACAUGCCGCCGUUGAAGGUGCGGUGUACCAAUGUAGACUGCGGAGCGAUGUAAGGUUGGUGUGGCGCCUCAGUGCUUUGUCGUACGUGUCCAAGUGUGUGCUGUCUAGGCACGUGUACUUCAUCUUCUCGAAGAGACUUGACGUCCUUUCAUUCAUGGUGGGUGUUAAAAAUGAAGCGGGCCUUCGCUAACGCAUAGCUAAC